AUGUCGCUCUCGAUUUCUCAGCCUGCAACUACGGUUCUGCUAGGCACCGCUCUCAUUAAAAUUACUGCUACUAAUGGAAUCUCUCAUGUCUUUCGAUGUCUGCUCGACAGUGGAAGUCAACUCAACUUCAUGACAGAGAGGGCAGCACAGCUAUUAAACGUCUCUCGUCACCGCUCUACUCACACAAUCGUGGGAAUCUCUGCAUCGCAAUCCUCGACAAAGGGACAUGCACUCCUAGAACUAUCCACACUAGGCAGUGAAGUAAUUGCUUCAAAUCAACCUUUCCAUAUUCUAGAUAGAAUUUCCGCUCCUUUGCCUCGUACUCAACUCUCUUUUGAGGUUUACAAACUGGUAAAACCUUUUGUCCUCGCAGAUCCGACCUUUCAUAUUCCUCAGAAUAUUGACAUUCUCAUAGGAGGUGCUUUGUUUCCAGAACUUCUUACUCAUCAAUCCUACCCAUUGGGCUCAAACCUUCCAUUCGUUAUUGGAACACGAUUGGGAUUUGUGUUAAUGGGCAAUGCACCAACUUUGUCUAACUCUUCUCCCACCUCAUGCCAUUCAUCUCUACUAUCCACUACAGACGAGUUACAUAAUACUCUACUUCGCUUUUGGCAACAAGAAGAGGUACCGCAGUGCAAUCUUAUCUCUGAAGAUGAUCGCCUCGCUGAAGAUCACUUCAAAUUAACUCACUCCCGCUCUCCAGAUGGAACAUAUGUGGUUCAACUCCCUUUCAAGGACCAACAUCAACCUCUGGGCACUUCAAAAUCUGCUGCUGAACAUAGACUUCACUCAAUUGAACGAAAGUUUGAAUCCAACUCUAAUUUCAAGGAAUUGUAUACACAGUUUAUGACUGAAUAUGAACAUCUCGGACACAUGGUCAAAGCAUCCCCUUCCGAUCUUUCGCAACCACACUACUAUCUGCCUCAUCACGGUGUACAGAAGGAAACCAGUAGUACAACCAAACUUCGUACAGUUUUUGAUGGUAGUUGCAAAACCAGUACCGGUGUCUCACUAAAUGAUAUUCUUUUAACCGGUCGCAAACUUCAGAUUGACAUUUGUGACAUUUUGCUGAAUUUUCGUUCACAUAAUUAUGUGUUCAGUUGCGAUAUAAGGAAAAUGUAUCGUUGCAUUCAAGUUCAUCCUGACGACCAGAAGUAUCAGUUAAUUCUAUGGCGUGAUCCAAAGACUCAAGAAAUCUCCACAUACAAAUUAACGACAGUUACAUACGGUCUAAGCAGUUCACCUUUCCAUGCCAUCAGAACGUUACAUCAACUUGCUGACGACGAAGGAGGGUCGUUCCCAGCAGCAGCCAAAGUUCUACGGGAUAAUACGUAUGUGGAUGACGUCAUCUGA